AUGUCGAAAGAAAUUACUAAUGGAUUAAAAUUUUUGGAUGAAAUUGGUAUCAUUCAUAAAGACUUGAGACUCUUUUGGUAUAUUGCAAAUGGCACUCUUUCAGAUAUUCCACUUGACGAUUAUAUUUCGAAAAUAAAUGAUCACAAUUUUUCAAAAACUUCUGAUGCUUGUAUACUUUCUGAAUUCUCUUCUAUUUACAAUGAAUGCUUACAGAUUGAUCUGGAAAAACGACCUUUUGUUGAGCGUGUUUAUGAAGCUUUGAAACAUCAACAAUUAAUUUCUAAACAAAAAACAUUAAAGCAACAAGACGUUACUAAUGAUUCUGCUAAAGGUUAUAAAUUAUAUAAAGAAGGGUUGAAAGUUAAAGAAAAAGGGUUUCCAAUUAAAAAGAAUGCAAAAGAAGCCUUAAGAUUAUUCACAUCGUCAACACAAGGGAAUCAAGAAGCUGCUAAACGACUUCAUUUUUUAGACAAUGAGCAAUCUUAA